UGCCCGAGGCAUUAAAUGCACUGUAGCAAGGAGUGUAAACGUCUCUCUUGUCAGGCGCGUGGGCAGCCACGCGCGCGUGAUAACCGUCAGCGGAACUGUUGAUGUACACGUGUUGCCGCAUAAUUGGUCCUUUUCGAACGUGAUGAUUCGUUUUCUCCCUCCCAUUAAUUGCGAUGAGUAUAUAAGGGGAAACCGUUCGUGGUUUCCCCUCACUUGCUCGAAAUUUCAAAAAUUUUUCCGGUGAGAGAAACAUUUCCUUUGUCUUCUCCGAAGAGAUUUCCUGAACUUCCGGUGAGGUUAUUUUGAGUUUUUAGUGUUCAUCUUCUAUAUUUCUGAUGGCUGAACCAUCGAAUCCACACAAUGUGGAGGGUGAGAACCCUGAACAGCCGGUAGUGGCGGCUGAUGAAGACGAAGAUGAUGAUGGUGAUGCUCUUGGUGGUGGGUUACCGGUGUUGAAAUGGUCGAGGGGUGGUUUUCAGAACUUAAUGACCACCGUAUAAAUGGCUGAUGAUUGGAAAGCCACUUACCCACAAGAGGGGGACACCGGUGUCGAUGCUCCGGCCGGUUAUAUUACCUUGUGGGCAGAUUUUUUCACCGAAGGCAACCUUCGGUUGCCGGUGACGGUGUUUGUUGCGGAGGUGUUGGAGUACUACCAUCUCCAUAUCUCCCAACUUAGUCCAUUUGGGAUGUUCCGAAUCAGGAACUUUGAGUAUACCUUUCGUGCCCAUGGCUUGGCCAUCACUGUUGAGAAUUUCCGGCGGUUUUACCAGUUGACGGUGAACACCGGUUUUUUUUCUUUUACUCAACGUCAUGGGAGUUUAAAGUUGAUGACACCUCCCAAGGGUGUGACCCAUUGGAAGAUGAAAUUCUUCUACGUUAAAGCCUGCGCGGUAUACGCCAAUAUGACUUUCCGGGAUGUCAAUAUUGGUGUCACUGAUGUGGAUAUUCCUGUUGCCACCGCGAAGACUGUGGACUGGUUCUCUAGGCUGCGGCCUAUUGAACUCAAGAAGUUAGACAACAACCAGUUGUGGGUGUUGCGGAUGAUGCUUACUAGGCCGGACAGGAAGGCAAGGCCCGUUCUGCGGGAAAAGAGUGGUGGUAAGCCUGUUAUUCUUUAUUGUUUUCCUUGCUUCAUUAUCCUUGUAGUAAUAUGCAUGUGUUGUAUCAGAGACUGCGGUUGGUCUGUGGAGGAUGUUUGAGCCCGAUUUUGAGGGCAAAGUUGAGCUGAUUCCGGUUGACGUACGGGAAGGUUUUAAUCUAGAAAUUGUUGGCAACUUCCGCGUACCCAGACGGGAUGUGUUGAAGCUAUCCUUGCGGAUUUAGGGAAGUUUGAAAAGCGCAUCCCCAAGAAGCAUGUGGAGAGGAAGCAGGUGAAGAAAACCACGCGGGGUCGUGGUAAGGAGAAGACUGAGGGCUCAGUUGCCCCCCCUCCGGUGUCUC